UUUGUCUUUCUCUCUCUACUGUAUCUUGUUUCUCUCUCUAUAAUAUAAAAAAUGAAGAUUAUGUGCGAUGUAUGUCAGAAGUCAGGGGCGUCGGUUUUCUGCGCCGCCGACGAGGCAGCUCUCUGCGACGCCUGCGAUUACACCGUCCAUCACGCCAAUAAGUUGGCCGGAAAACACCACCGUUUCUCUCUCCUCCCUCCUUCUCCAAACCAAAUUCCUCUCUGCGACAUCUGCCAGGAGAAAAAAGCAUUCUUGUUCUGCCAACAGGACAGGGCAAUUCUAUGUAGAAACUGCGAUUCUUCAAUUCACAAAGCCAACGAACAUACCCAGAAACACAACCGGUUUCUUCUCACCGGAAUCAAGCUCUCCGCCGAUUCAUCCCUCUACGUUCCGUCUACUGCCACCGCCGUCGCCGGCGGCUCUGUUUCUAUCUGUCAUGAUCAUAAUCCUAUUAAAAAAUCAAAGUCUCAGAAACCUGUCAUCGUCAUGAACAAUCCUGUCCCUGUUCCUGUCCCUGUUCCUGUUCCGACCGUAAUUCCGGUAAUGGGUGACCGGAGCAGCAGUAUGUCGGAGUAUCUAAUGGAAAUGCUUCCUGGGUGGCCAGUUGAAGACCUUCUAGAUUCAUCUUCUCCCUCUGACGAUUUCUGUAAGACUAUUGAGCCACUUUGGGAUGAAGACAUAAUGGAAAACCAGAAUCCAUUCUUAUCAUAUGAUAAAACAGGGAUUUGGGUACCUCAAUCUCCUGUUUUUUCACCACCCACACUAAUUUCUCCAUAUAGUAACCAACAGCAGCAGCAAAAUCCACAUUCAAACAUGAUGAUGGCGGUGGGGAUGAAGAACCAGAAAGAAGGACCACAAAACAAGUUGAUGGGGAAGAUGAAGAAAAGAGAUGAAGGAUACUUUAUUGUUCCAGAAAUCAGCUCUCAAUCAAAUACUGGUUUUAAGAGAUUCAGAACUAAUUUAUGGUAGUGGGGGACUCCUUCAUUAAAUGACACUUAUUUCAAUUGUGUUUUAUCAAUCGAUUUUGAAUACAUAGCCUAAGAGAAGGUGAUGGCUAAAUAUUAAUCCUGUUGAAGAGAUUAACAUGUUAUCAAAAUUUUGUGGUGAUUGAUCGGUUGGAUCACAAGUUGAAGGUGUUUGAAAGUUAUCAGAUUUUAUUAUGUAUGUUAUAUUGUCACAACUUUUAUGUCGAAUGUAGAUCCAUCGAACACGCAACAAUCAUCGUGUCAUUUGGUCGAAAACUCUUUCGACACAAAAUGAGCAUGCAUCAGUUGUGU